GACAGAGUGAACGAGUGAGAGGAAGCAGCUUAUCAUCAAGCGACGGAUCAAAAAGGAUUACAUGUCUAAAUGGAGCUUAGGUCUUCUUUCGAGAGUUGCAGGGUGUGAGAAAACGGAUGAUGGUAUGGAGUAGAAAGAUUACAAAGUUGUGAGCACCUCAAAGUUGCACCACAGGCCAAAGAGCAAUGAGAGCGGCUCCUGCUGGUUUAGCAGAAAACAGAGUGACUUCCUGUUACAUCACAAAAAUGAAAUUUGAGCUGAAGAAGGAAAUAGAGGAGGGCGCUGUAAGAAGGUACAAACAUAAGGAAGCCUGAAGGCGGGCGCAGUCAAUCGAAGCUGUCUGUACUUGCAUGUUAUAAAAUAGCACACUUCCGCCCCGAUACAACUUCCCCUCUGGGUUCAAAGAUUGAUGAAUCCAGUGAAUGCUAAACAAGGCUGAAUUUUGACGUGAAAGAUGGAGUCUGUGUCUUUCCCACCGCUGUCCAGGGUUGCCGUUUCUGGUGGCACUCAUGGAAAUGAGAUGACAGGGGUUUAUAUGGUGAGACAUUUGCAGAAAGAGAAGAUAGAUAAAAUUGGAUCUGUUUCUGUCUCCACUGUCCUGUCAAACCCACGGGCUGUGGAGAUUUGCAGGAGAUACGUAGAAACCGACCUUAACCGCUGUUUCACAGAAGCCUUGCUAAAUUCCCCUGUAACAGAUUCAUCACCCUAUGAACUGAGGCGAGCUCAGGAGCUGAACGCUCAAAUUGGGCCCAAAGGAAGCAAAGAGGCUGUGGACCUGCUCAUAGACAUCCACAACACCACUUCCAACAUGGGCCUCUGCCUCAUCCUUUACUCCAUAGACUGGCUCACCCUGCACAUUCUCAAGUACCUACAGAGUAAAAUGGCUUCUGUGGAAGUUAGAGCAAUCCAGCUGGACAUACCGAUCGCUGAGGCUUAUUCUUUAGAAUCGGUCGGCAAGCAUGGCUUUGCAAUAGAGGCUGGCCCACAGCCCAAUGGUGUGGUCAGAGCAGAUAUCCAUAACUUGGUGAAAGAGGCAGUGGAUCAUAUAUUCAGUUGGCUUCAGGAAUUCAAUUCUGGAAGCACAUUUGAAGGGGGUGAAGUGGAAGCAUACACCUUGGUGAAAAGCAUAGAUUACCCGAGGAAUCCAGUGACUGGGGAAAUCACUGCUGCCGUACACUCCCAGUUACAGGAUAAUGACUUCAAGCUUCUGCAGCGGGGCAAUCCGAUAUUCAUGUCAUUUUCCGGGGAGACAGUGAAGUAUGAUGGUGAAGACCUCUACCCUUUCUUUGUCAAUGAGUGCGCCUACUACGAGAAGAAGAUCGCUUUUCAUUUAGCUCGAAAGAUAAAGUUGACACUCCCACCCAUAAAAGUGACAGACUGAGAGUGCUAAAUUUAAAUAUCCCAAUUUUAAAUGAUAAUAAAGUAGGAAAUGAGAAUUAUUCUGAUCAUUUGAAAUAUGCAAAUGAAGGUGUGUUUCACAGGCUCUAGAGUUGAAGUCCACGCAUUUGAUGUUCUUUAAAGCUAAAUUUAACAUGCAGAAAUCCUUUAUGAAUGAAUGACUGAAUAAAUGAACAUGAAUGAGUUUUAACUACAAUCUUCUUAGCACUGUGUAUUUGAUUUGGAUUUACAUAAAAUAAAUGGAUCAGCUCAAUUAUCAGCAGGAAUAUGCUCAUCAGUCAGAGCAACUACAUGCUCCAGUGUGUUUAUCAAGUACACUUUACAACAUUGGUUUGUCCUAACAUUACACUGUGAGUGAUGAAAUGAUCAAUGACAGAUGCAAAAGAAAUCUAUCAUAUUUAUCUACUAAUCAUCAAAGUCUUUUUUAAGCACAAAAGACUUUGAUGAUUUCAGUUGUCUCUGUAUUCCUUACACGUUUUAAAUCUUUCAGCAGACACUUUAUAACUGUGUUAAGGAAAAUUUGUUAUAAAUAAAGUUAAUUGUAUAAUACAA